AUGCUUUCAUCCAAGGACAUUAACUUUGUUGGGUACACGUAUAAGAAUUUUGAAAUUGUCAAUGACUACCAAGUGCCUGGGAUGGCUGAAUUGAAGAAGAAAAGCACCAAAUCAAAGCGGCCAAGCAUCAAGUCACUCUUCGAGGAUGAGUCGGAUGCAUCAGAUACAUCUUCCAAGCAACACUCGCAAGGGAGCUUUUUGAAUCUCUUGCCUCCCACACUAGAAGCUCCUGAAAAGCAGAAUAAUAAGUCCAUGUAAUGCUGAUAUCUCCGUAGCAUCUUAUGCCUACAGUGCUCCAAUCAGUUGAAUCAUUUUCGAGCAAAUACAUUUUGUCCUUGAUCCCCCCAUGUGCCUCUUAGGAAGGUGGCAAUUUUUGCAGGAUCGUGAUUUUCAAAUGAAAAUUCAAGGGAGGUGCUGGAUUUUGAAGCCUACUAAUUAGCUUUUGGGUUUGCUUGGAUCAGAGUCUCCACAAGCCUUUUUUGUUUGGGUUUUGAUCAUUGAUUCUUUAACCAAGAACCGAGAGGUAAUCACUAACUUUGAUUGUAUUCCAUUCUUUCCCACUUAUUCUCAAACUAUAAAAUCUGUACAAAAAAGAAAAUAUACCACUUCGAAUGAUGCCCAUGUUGUAUUAUUUAUUGGUUUAAUGAUAGUGAAAUAAUUUUUGUUAAAUUCCUACUUUUUUGAGAAAGUUGGGGAAGAGGAAUUUGUGAUCAUGUUUUUGACAGCCAAACGGGC